UCUUAUAUAUAUAUGUAUGCCUUUGUUUCUUACUUACAGAAAUUGGAACAAGAAAAACAUGUUUUACGUCAAAAACUCGCCAUUGCCGAGGAGGAGAGCGAUCAACGUGUGCUCGAAUUGCAAUCUGAUCUCAAUGAACUUAAAGAUAAAUUACAAGCACAAGAGAAUGCAAUACGUCAAGCGGAAAAGGAGAAGACAAUACUAAUCGAUGAGUUGACACAUCAGAACACGCGCCUCACUGAGCAGAUACAGGAAGCGCGCGCCACCGAACUGAAACUAAUGUCGCAGAUACAGGAACUUAAGGAUCAGUACAAUUACAGGAAUACCAGUUUGCAGGAACAUGUACACAGUCUGGAGUCUAUUAAAUCCGAGUUGAACCUCACUACAGAAAAGCGCCAUGAUCUGGAAAAACGCUUACAGCACGCACAGGAUGAGAAGGAAACGCUAACGUCAGCACUUGAAGAGGCUUCGGAUAGAAUACACAUGCUGGAGAGACACGCACGCGAGCAGGAAACAAAAUUAGAGACAACACUGCAAGCACUAGAGAGAUCUCAGCGUGAAAACAAUGUACUUAGCGAGCGUCUGGGAGCGGACGCCAACUCUAGCAUACAUGGCAAAAAGUCCUUGCAAUUCGAAAUGGAAUGCGAUGAGGAUGACUCGAGUUUUUCAGAUGGUAAACCUAGUCAAAUAUGCAUUGAAGCGCGUUCGGUCUACAUACAACUGAAAUCGUUGGUAGAUUCAUUAAAAAUUGGACAUGAUGAUGACUCAGGUUUAAACUCAGACAUAUCACUAGACUUGGAAUCCAUGGAUAAUACAAUGUCAUCGUCCAGUCGCACCGAAGGUGUCAAUCACACUGAGGCUAUUGAAUUUCGUGCCGGCAUGCUGUCGGCCAUGUCCGACGAAUUGACACGUUUACUAUUAAAUCUGGAUGCCGGCAACUUCAGAAAGAUGCUCGAUCAGACGCGUAAUCUUGUGUUGGAGCAGGAAGAUGAAAUCAAACGUAGUCAUCAAUUGAUACAGCAGCUGGAGUCGAAACUCACCGUCACCGAUGUCGAGUUGCAGAAUGUGAAGGAGGAGCGCGAUCAGGCGCGUGGCGAUCUUGUCGACGAUAGCGAUCGCGAUGAAUUACUUGCUAAAGCACAAAAAGAACGUGAUGCAGCGAAUGAGCGACGCACAAAGGCCGAAAUUGAUUUGGCUAAAACACGUGUUGAUUUAAUGCAGGCCAAUAGCCAAUUGCUCGAGUCCAUACAGCAGAAGGUUGAGUUGUCACAACAAUUGGAACAGUGGCAGAUGGAUAUGCAGGAGCUAUUGGAGGAUCAAAUGCGCUCGAAGCUAAUCAAUAAUCGCAAGGUGGCAACACCUGCGCCUGCCAGUACAAAUACAAGUGCAGCGUCUGCAUUGGCAAAACGUGUGUCCAAUUAUAAAUUCUGGAGCUUAUUUCAACGGUAAAUUAAGCACACUUUGGAAAAUCUACGCUACUAUAAUUAUACUAAUGUAAAAGUCUUUUAAUAAUAUUAUUAUAAUAUUUUUUUUUAUUUUUAUGAAUUUUUUUUUUUU